AUGUUUGUGUUCAAGGUGACUGUGGGUCUGUUGGCCCUGUUGUUAGUAGGCUCUGUCAGAGCCAAGGAGGAGUUGCUGGAUAUUCCUGAGCUGUCUGUGGGAGAGUUGUUGGAGAGAGCUAACAAAGACAUCAUUUGUAACUUUGAUGAGCCUGAGCUCAUUGAUGACAUUGCUGUUGAUCCCAAGAGGAACGCCGAUCCCUGCACCUCCCAAGGCUGCAUGUGGCCCAAGUCCAGUGACGGCAAAGUCCACGUGCCCUACGUCAUCGCCAACCACUUCUCCUCCCGUGAGCUGCAGGUCAUUCAGCGUGGUCUGGUCUCCUUCUCCUCUGUUGCCUGCAUCCAUUUCAGGCGCCGCUCCAAUGAGAGGGAUUAUAUCAGCAUUGAGUCUUGCAAUGGAUGCUACUCAUUCGUUGGUCGCCGUGGUUAUGCUCAGACAGUGUCUCUGGACCGUAAUGGCUGUAUCUACCACCACACCGUCCAGCACGAGCUUCUCCAUGCUCUGGGCUUCAACCAUGAACAGACCCGCAGUGACCGUGACAACCACAUCCUUGUUGUCUGGGAGAACAUUAUUGAUAACAUGAAGCACAAUUUCAACAAGAUUGCUACCCUCAACCAGGAAACUCCCUAUGACUACAACUCGGUCAUGCAGUACCACAAAACUGCAUUCUCUAAGAAUGGUCUGCCUACCAUGGUCCCCAUCCCCAACAGCAAUGUAGCCUUUGGCCAGGCAACGCAGAUGAGUCAAAAUGACAUCACCAGACUCAAUAGACUCUACAAGUGCUAAACUACCAUAGAAGGCUGGUCUUCCUGGAGGAUGCUGUAGCGACUUGUCUUUGAUCAUAGUGCUCGACAUAGUGCUUUAACAACAA